UGACAGUUGAGGUUGAGGUUAUGUUCAUGUGUCAUCCAAAAUCCAACCCAACCAAAAUAUUGUUGAAGUAUUGAUUUUCAAAUCGUUCCUCCGCCUGCAUUGCACCAUAGUAGUUAAAUACUUCGAAUAUGGCUGUCUUCAAAGUAGCAAAGUGUCCAACAGAUGAGUUGUCUUUGUCAAACUGUGCUGUUGUAAAUGAUGGUGAUUUGCCUGGAGCAAAACACGUAAAAGUUAAUACAGGAGGAGGUCAAAACUUUGUGUUUUCCAUCAAAGCUCAUCCCAGUAUUCCUAGGUACCAUGUUGGAUUUAGUUUACCUCAACGGAAGUGGGCUGUCCUGUCCCUUAACCAAGAAAUCAGUGUUGAACCAUACAACCCUGAUGAAUAUAUUUCAUCUAUUGUGUUGGAGGCUGAUUAUAUGCAGAAAAAGACAACAUCACAAGAACAGUAUGACACAGAUGAGAUGGCAAAAGAAUUCCUGUAUUCUUUUCCCAAUCAGAUGUUUACUGUUGGACAACAGCUAGCUUUUGCCUUUAAAGACAAAAAGCUACUGCUUCUUAUGAUCAAAGAUAUUGAAGUUGUGGACAUCUCGAAAAUAAAAGCUGGUGGUGAUGUCAAGCCCAGAAAAGCAAAACUUGGUCAGCUGAUACCAAACACUUUAGUGCAAUUUGAAAAAGCUGAAAGCUCUUCAUUGAAUCUAGUUGGAAAAUCUAAAGGAAAAGUAGUUCGCCAGUCAAUUAUCAAUCCUGAUUGGGAUUUCCAGAAAAUGGGAAUCGGUGGUUUAAGCAAUGAGUUCAAUGCCAUAUUUAGACGUGCUUUCGCUUCAAGAGUAUUUCCCCCUGAACUAGUGGAGCAGCUUGGAUGUAAACACGUAAAAGGUAUCUUGCUCUAUGGACCACCUGGUACUGGUAAAACUCUCAUGGCGAGACAAAUCGGCAAAAUGUUAAAUGCGCGGGAACCUAAAAUCGUUAACGGUCCUCAAAUUUUGGACAAAUACGUUGGUGAAUCCGAAGCUAAUGUCAGAAGACUAUUUGCAGAGGCAGAAGAAGAGGAAAAAAGGGCCGGUCCCAACAGUGGUCUUCACAUCAUCAUAUUUGACGAAAUUGAUGCGAUUUGUAAACAGAGAGGAUCUGUUGCUGGAAAUACAGGUGUCCAUGACACAGUUGUUAACCAGCUUCUAUCUAAAAUUGACGGUGUAGAGCAAUUAAAUAAUAUUUUAGUUAUUGGUAUGACAAACAGAAGAGAUAUGAUAGACGAAGCUCUACUUAGACCUGGUAGAUUAGAAGUGCAAGUGGAAAUUAGUCUUCCAAAUGAAGAAGGACGAGUGCAAAUUCUUGAAAUUCAUACAUCCAGGAUGAAGCAGUACAAAAAAAUAAGCUCCGAUGUUGAUAUAAAGGAACUAGCAACAUUGACCAAAAACUUUUCUGGUGCCGAAAUAGAAGGUUUGGUGAGAGCUGCUCAGUCAACUGCGAUGAAUCGACUGAUAAAGGCCUCGAGCAAAGUGGAGGUAGACCCUGAGGCAAUGGAAAAAUUGUUAGUUAACCGUGGAGACUUUAUGCAUGCUUUGGAAAACGACAUCAAACCAGCUUUUGGUACAGCUCAAGAGAUUAUCAACCAAUUCCUAACAAGAGGUAUCAUCAAUUGGGGAUCCCCUGUUACGGGUAUUAUGGAAGAUGGCAUGCUGUUCAUUCAGCAAGCAAGAGCGACAGACACAUCAGGAUUGGUAUCUGUACUUAUCGAAGGUCCCCCGAAUGCAGGUAAAACUGCCUUAGCCGCUCAAUUGGCCAAAAAUUCAGACUUCCCAUUUGUCAAAGUGUGUUCACCUGAAGAAAUGGUUGGUUACACGGAAACGGCCAAAUGCUUAAUGAUCCGAAAGAUAUUCGAUGACGCAUAUCGAUCAACUCUAAGUUGUAUUCUCGUAGAUAAUAUUGAGAGGUUAUUAGAUUAUGGUCCCAUUGGUCCAAGAUACUCAAAUUUAACCUUACAAGCACUACUGGUGCUGUUAAAGAAACAACCACCACCUGGAAAGAAAUUAUUAAUUUUGUGCACCACCAGUAGGAGACAAGUAUUGGAAGAAAUGGAGAUGCUGUCAGCUUUCACCGCAGUAUUACAUGUACCAAACUUAUCAAAAGCGGAGCAUUUAUUAAAUGUAUUAGAAGCUUCCGAUGUUUUCUCAAAUCAAGAACUGAAGCAGAUAACUCAUCAAGUUCAUGGAAAACGGAUAUUCAUCGGUGUCAAGAAACUCCUGGCAUUGAUCGACAUGGCUAGACAGACAGACGAAAGAAUCCGUGUUAUCAAGUUCAUAUCGAAGCUCGAAGAAGAUGGCGCCUUAGAAGACCCUGGAAUGGCAUAGGAUGAGUUGUUAGAAACAUUCCAAGAAUAAACAAAGACGUGAUAGCUAAUUUUAACAAUUUCCAAAUGAAGGUAUUAUUUGUAUCUUCUAUUAUUAAUUUAAGUUGCUCGAAACUUCGAGAGUAGAGUCCAAAUGUUGAUUUUUUUUAUUUAAAUAUAAAACAAUUAAAUGAGAUCGUUUUUAGUCUACAAAAAUGACGCUUACAUUAUUAACCAGUGAUACCCGAAGCCAUAUUUUGGUCUCAAGCAUCGAGAUUUUUCAGAGACCAUUCGAAAUUAUUUGUUCUAUUGAUCUAUUCUAUUUAUUCCUGUAUAUGCACGCUCUUUCUCUUCUGCGCAUAUUCAAAGUAUUAAUAUGCACUAUGCUAACGUCUUUUUGGCCUGCAAGAGAUAAAUGAAUUAAAUAUAAAUAAACUGUAUACUGUGGGUUACCUCCCACUUUGAGUUGACAAAUGAAAGAUUUCAGCAAUGAAAAAAAGGACCUGACAAUUAUUGUGAAGAAUAAGAUUUUACACAUAGCCAAAGAAGACAAUACGAAACAAAUGACAGAUAAAAAAAAAGAAGGUUGAAGGAAAAAGAAUUCAGAGAUGUCGCCGCCAUCUUUGUAGGCGUGUCUUGUGAUGUCAGAAUGGACUGGUGGAUUCUGACAUAAUUAUUUAUGUAAUAUUCUUCUUUCAUUCAUUCUGAAGCAUGAAGCAAAUAUUUGCGAACAGAAAAGCGCUUACACGACUGGGCAACAUUGUCGAUCAUUCAGCUCAUUGUUUUGCUUAAAUACCCUUUGUAAAUUUGCAAGUCAAGAUGUAAGUGUCUCAAGGACACUCUUGAGAGCUUUUAGCACUGCUGAACAAAUAAUGUAUAUAUUCGCGUGUCUUUGACCUGUUCAGCCUAAAUACAGGAGCUUAUACCUAUUUUAUUCGCUCCUAGGUAUGUAUCGUCAUUGUACGACUAAAAAUGAACUGAAUUUAUGCGUUUUAAGACGGUAUUUUCACUAGUCCUCUUCACACAACCCGUAAAAUCGGUCGCGAAUGUAGCAAUAUCUAGUAAAACAAUUAGUCAAUUGCACACUUAGUAGAAGUGUUCAGAAUGUAGUUGGUUAACUAAUAUUCUUUUUUAGAACAUCUAAGCUUUUUGGAGUGUGAUGAUCAUUGAACUUCGAAACUUCUGAAGUACCGAUUUGAGAUUAUAUAAAAACAGAAUGUCAUUGUAAAUUGCAAUUUUAUAUAUCUCCUAAGUUUGUUUAUACAUAAUAGUAAAAGUAUAAUAUAGUGCUUCUCAGAGUCUUUUUUCAGUGCGAUACAAGUGACAGAAAAAAAAGGUACGUCCGUGAUACAUACACAUUUAUAACAUUCAUUCUAGUUGUUGAUAGGUGGCGCAUUAAUCAGAAAACAAAAUGAUUUAGGUAUUUACCCAUUAUUUACCUAUUACAUAUGAAUACGACUAUAAUUUAAAGUUCUUCUCAGUCUUUCAGUGUGUCAUUAUUGACGUAAUAUAUGAUUUUAAGAAUGUAGAGAAUCAUAGCAUGACAUUUUAGUUAAAUCUGACAGUUGUCAGAAUCGUAAUCCUAAUUUGGUAUAAAAACAAAUCAAUUGUAUUUAUUUCAUUUAUAAAAAGGUAUGUUCUUUGAAUUGUAUAGUCUUAUAAAUUGUACAGAUUAUAGUCGUAGAGAUAAUACAUAAAUCAUUUUUUGUUCGAUUAUAGCGCCAUCUAUUAACAACUAGAAUAAAUGUUAUAAAUGACUUUAAUCACGGACGUACCUUUUUUUCUGUCACUUCCAACUUAAUGUGUUAGAAAGAAAUAAAAAAACUGUGACGCACUGAAAGAUGACUCUGAGAAGGAGUAUAUACUAAUAAUAUUGUUACUAUCCUUUUGAAUUUUUUCCUCAGCUCAAAUCAAUUUUCACUAGCUCAAAAAUUGAUCUGUUUUCUUUCCACUGUCAGUUCUAUCGUCGCAAUAAUUUCAAACUGACUAUGUCGUAGAACCGUUGCACUUUAAGAGGCAUUUUCAGUUUUGAAGAUCUGAAAAAAUCGCAGUGUCAUAAUGCUGGGACACGAUAGCCUGAUGUACGGGGACCUAAUAUUGAUCGAUUUUCUACCUCUGAUACUGUAUUCGUCGCAUUCGUUUAAAUCUAUAUUCAAUAUCUUCGAAACAUUGCACUUAUAUCAACAAUUUUCAGUUGUGGAAUCCCGAAAAAGUCGCACGCUGCUAUACGAUAACCUGUCAAAAACUGUUACACAAUGAACAACUGUUACAAACUGUUAAAAAGUUACAAUGAAUGUGCUGACGCGUUAUUGGGAUGAAGACAACUAAAACUAUAACGGGGAGUGAGACAAGGAGACACCAUUUCUCUCAAACUAUUCAUCCUUGCGAUAGAAGACAUUUUUAAGAAAUUAGAAUGCAAUAGCAAGGGUAUAAACAUCGACGGAUCAUACUUAAACAAUUUGAGAUUUGCAGAUGACAUCAUUUUAAUAGCAGACAAUAUCCAAGAACGAAACAAAAUGUUACAACCAUUAAAUGAAAUUUUCGGAGCGAUAGGCUUAAAAAUGAACUAUAGUAAAUCAAAAAUAAUGAGUCAGGACCAGACAAAUAUAACAAUACAAAAACGUACCAUAGAAAUGUUGAACAUUAUCUAUAUUUGGGCCAUGUCAUCAAACUGGAAAAACCAAAUCAAAACGCUGAAAUUAAAAGUUUACAAAUGGGAGUUCACAAAUUUACUCUUUCAGUAAAUUAGCAUAUAUCUUGAAAACGCCGCCAUUCCUAUAAACUUAAAAAAAAAGAUGUAUAACACAAGAAAAUCUGCUAAAAACCUAGAAACAACGCAAAAAGCAAAGGAACGAAACAGGUUUGGAAUGAUACUGAGAGGCAAAAUUAGAAACACCGAGAUAGACUGAGAACAAAGAUCACGGAUAUUGUGGAAGAAAUUACAAAAAUGAAAUGGCCCUGGGCCGGUCACAUAGCCAGAUAUGAUGAUAACAGGUGGACACAGAGAAUUCUAGAAAAGAGACCAAGGAGGCCGAGAUGGACGAAAAGAAGCAUGGGAAGACUUCAAAAGAGAUGGGUAGCUGACAUAAGGCUAUAUUUAACAAACGAGGAAAUAGUGAAGAUGAAAUACAACAUAGGAUCAAUAAAGGUAGAAGCAUCACUAGAUCCGUCAAUUCAAUUUUAUGGGACAAAGAUAUCAGGAAGGAAACAAAGAGAAGAAUAUAUGAAGGUAUAAUGAAGAGCGCUAGAAUCUACGGUGCAGAAGUUUGGGACAUAAGUGCAAGAAAUAAAAAAAAACUACUUAGUACAGAAAUGGACUUUUUGAGGAGAGGUUGUCAAGUUUCGAGAUUAGAACAUGAAACAAUUAGAGAACGUAUGAAGGUGGAAAAAACUAUAAUAGACGAUAUUGAAAAUAGACAGCUGACAUGGUACGGUCACGUUAAAGAAUGAAUGCGACUCGCUGGCCGAGAAAAAUAUUAGAGUGGGUCCCACCGGAGAGAAGAAAAAGAGGACGACCACGGAGAAGCUGGAGGGACAAUAUUCAGGAGGCAAUGGAUUCGAGGCAAUUAGAUGAAGAUAUGUGUUACGAUAGAAAAAAUUGGAAGCUGGGUAUGGAGAGGCGGCGACAGCCUUAGAAAUCCAUUAUAUAUAGACAUAAAGCAGUGGCCCUCAAACAGUUGAUUAGAUUGGCGCAAGAUAGGGAAAGCUGGAAGAAAUUGGGAGAGAUCUACAUUCAGAAGUGGAAGGAAAAUGGUUGACGAAGAAGAAGACGUCACGGAAUCUUUAGAACUUAAUGUAAAAUUAUUUGUUAAUUUCCUGUCUCUUGGACCGUAUUCAUGAUGCACAAACACCUUUAACUGCAAACCCACGACUCGUCACAGGUCUUUUAAAAGUCACAGGUUACAUCUUCUUAAGCUAUUUUCAUCAUAAACGAUGAUUUCCAAAUUGUCCAGAACGUUCGGAGUCAUAGGCGUAACUAGGGGGGGUUUGGGAGUUAUAACCCUAUACGCUAAACACCAUUACUAUUUCAUACCCUCCAGACACCAUCAAGUAGUUGUAACCCCCCCCCCCUUAGGGUCAUCAUGGCUACACCUCUGUUCGGAGUGAGGUUGGCACUUUUUGUAAAUUCUCGUAAAUCAAAAGACUAAGUUUUCAAUCUAAUGGCAUAUAAAACAACAUAAUGUUACUCUACAUCCCACCAGACUGAAAACAAUGGGAGCCUUCUCUGGUUACACCUCCGAGGCUUCUACAAUUUGCAAGCCAUAAUGGAUGCUGAGAUUAAGGAAGAUGAGGGAAUUUUACAAUUUAUAAUUCACCAGAAGGGAACUAUUCUCGUUUGAAAUUUACCACGCUGAGCAGAUGGGACGUGAAUUAUAAAUUGUAAAAUUCCCUCAUCUUCCUUAGUCUCAGCAUCCGAUAUGACUUGCAAAUUGUAGAAGACUCGGAGGUGUAACCAGAGAAGGCUCCCAUUGUUUUCAGUCUGGUAGGAUGUAGAGUAACAUUAUGUUGUUUUAUAUGCCAUUAGAUUGAAAAGUUAGUCUUUUGCUAGCAUAGCUCCGUUUCGUUCGUUGCAAUCCGCGACUGCACGUCGUGGUUUGUUUUUUUUUGCAUCAGAGAGAGCAGCAUAUGUGCCUCCUGAUGAGAGACUAAUAAGUUUCGAAACCGGUAGAGGUGCUUGCUGCUCUCUCUGAUUGUACUAGAAUAUGAUGCGGCUGUAUUUUCGUUUUGUAACGAAAUUGAAAAUGGUUAUUCAUUUUUGAUCUCGUAAAUCAAUUUUCCAUCAUUUUUGAGCUCCAAUUGAUAUCGCUAGAAAAUCUUCAGUGGCAUUGCAAACAUGAGUAUCCUAACAAUAUACUAGGGAGAUAAUAUACAUAUAACAUUAUGUUGAGCCUAGAAUCAUACUUAUUUUUCACAAGGAGUGAUACAAAUGUGAAAUUAGUGGUAUACGCAUUAGUAUCACGCUCAAAUUAAUUUUUCAGGCAACUGAAAAUCUUUCAUUACAUUUUCUAGAUUCUCUAGAACUCAUUCGCAAUAUGUAAGCAAUCUCUAAUUGGUUACUAAUUUAUUUAGUGUACAUGUAUUAUCAAAUCGCUGAAGUUCAAGGAACGCACCACAAUUCCAGAAAGUUUGUAUUUAUUUGUAUUUAUUUAAUUUAUCGUAUAUCUCGUCUUGUAUGAAAUUUUGGUGUAAACACGUAAGUAAUCUGUAAAGGAUAAAUGUGCAAGAAGUUCCAAUAGGAAUUGAAAAAGUUUUGUGCCACAAAUGUUUUCAUAUCUAAGCGUAAAGGUACUUUCGAAAGUUUCAAAACAGUAACAAAAUCUUUCAAAUCUAUAUUUUUAAACACGGAAUCUCAUGGAAUGUGGCGUGGCACUCUUCGCCAGUUCACGUCGGCAAAUAGAAAUAAAAAUAGAUAAUAGUGAAAUGAAAAGAGUACACGUUUGGUGGCCCACUUAACUCUGAAGUUAAUAAGUAUUAACUUUUUGAUACAUUCGGUCGGAACAUUUCGAUGGAACGUGUUCACUCGAGUAUCGAGGGAACCAGUGUUGGCGGUAGAAAUUUUAGUAAGUUGGUCAAUUCAUACAAUGAUAAAUAUUCCAACACAACGUAGUUAGACUACUCCAUAGUAAAAUUACCACGGCACUGACCGCACCAAUCUCUAGCUGAGUUGGAAAGGUUUGUAUUUCUAGAUUUCCUUUGAACCGCGCCCUUUUACCGACAAACGAUGGGAGACUUCGCGUCGAUCCAGGCCGGCCAUAAAUAGAGGGUUUGGUCCUAACCCAAGAUACUGACAAAUUUUGAGGGAAAUAACGCUAUUUCACGUUGCGUUGAUUCCCGUCUUUAGCUUUUAUCUUUUUCUAUUACAUAUUUUCUAGUUCUCUUGGCGUGCCAUGCCACGUUCCGUUGGAUCCCAGCUUAAGUGAUUCACUGACUCGGUAGUAUAUUAACGGUAUUUACCUGGUUAUUUACCCGUUAUUAUCCAGUUGUAUCUGUAUAAAAAUCCAGUGGUAUAAUGGAUACCAUAUCAUAUAUAAUUAUAAUUGUCAGUAAUAAUGACUGAUAAUAAUUUGUAUUGGAAUAUCUUGCGGGUUAUUAGAGUGAGUCAUAAACUUAAGCCAUUGAAUGUCCCUAUAAAAUUUAAUCAAUGCUUGAUUUGUUUCUGUUUGCUUAAUCGGGAAUCACAUUAAUAUUUUUUUUGAUUGCCGAUAAAAAUGUUAAUCAGCAACUAAAAUUUUUUAGUAUCUAAUAAUAUUCUUACAACGAAUUCCCAACAAUAAACAAAGGCGCAUGAGGCAAAUUAUCUUCGAUGUUACACUAUAAAAUCGAUAUGUUACGGGUACAGUUAGGUAAACGGGUAAUCCUAGGAUUACCCGGGUAAAAUACGAAGUACCCGCGAGGUAUCGGUAAUAUCCGGUAGUAUGUCUGAAAUAUAAUUUAAAUAGUUCAAAUUUCGGGUUUUACUCGGGUAAAACACAUUCUACCUGCUGCCUCGUGGUUAAAUGCUUAAUUGGGUAUACUAGUAAUGACAAAGCCGUAACUGUUUGAAAGAUAUCUUAAUUUAAGAAAAAAUGCAUUUUCCAAAGUAAGGAAAGUAAAACUAUCCGCUCUGAGCUCGUAGGUAGAGGGAUAAUUAAAAAUUCGCGAGCGCCAGUAGUGACAAGUCAAUAAACUUUUACUGGAAAUUUGACGUUCUGCAUUAAGAGUUGCAUAUAAUUUUUACUAAAUGUCUCAUUUAAAAGACCGAAAGUUCCUUAGAAUAAACAAAAAGUUUCUUUUGAACGAGAUAUUUCAAAUCACACUAAAUUUUCUUUUUUUUUUUUUCACCCCUGUAAGUGAUUAAAAUAAACAGAAAUUUUCAGGGACUUUUGACCAGAGACAUGUUAACCGUAGACAAGGCAUACUGAGCAAAAAAGCGUAACGCGCGGCUAGUCGAUCAGUGGUCUAUCUAUCUCUUUUUACUAAGCGAUACCGCUCAUAUGACGGACAGAUGGCUAGACCACUCAAAAUGAAUAUUGACCAAUGGCGUCCUUGAUAUCGGCGUUACACCUCGCUAGAGCGGCCCAUAGCUAGCCUAAUCUAUAAGUUAUUAUAUCUAUGCUUUUGACCCUCGAGAAUAAUGCAGUCUUUCAUUCUGCGUUUAAAUUUUUCAAAUAUACUUAUUGGUUCUCUCAGGAUUCGAAAAAAAGUAAUGCAUUUAAAAAGAGUUGGCCCGAAAUUUUACGUUUACGCUUUUACUUAAUUAUUUAAGUGCAAUAAAUGCAUAAUUUAAUAUUUAAGAAGUAUUAAACUAUAAUUAUAUUAAAUUAUUAUAGUUUUUUGCAGAAUAAAUUUUUUCUGAUAUUAUCUGUCAACAUAAACUUUAAAACGAUAAGCAAAAUCUUAAAAAUAAUCAUAAUGAAUAAUAAAUUUAAUAAAUUCUGUACUUACUGAUAUUAAUUAUCGAUUACAAUCCAAUUACUUCUUUACGUUGUAAAUAUUACACGGUAAGAAUUAAAUAAUAAGUUUGAAACAAUUAUUAUUUGCUUUUCUCCUUUCCUCUUUAAAUUUCCGGCCGAAACAGUAAGUCAUCCGCUAGAUGGCGAUACCAGCCAUACCAGCGAAACUCACAGAGGAUAGGCAAUACUUUUUUUUCAGCGAAAUUUCCAACGAAAGUUGUACUAGUAAUCCGCUAAGUAGGUGGCCAUACCAGCGAAGCUCAGGGUGUAUAAAUACUGCAGAAAUAAAAAUUAUAAUCUAUUUGUUAAGACAAUACAAGCUGCCGUGGCAUUUGGAGUUACAAAUAUUUCCAGCACCUUUACAUUUGCAUUUAUUUUACCAAAAUCUGGCGGGUACUUCGUACUUUACCCGGGCAAUCCUAGGAUUACCCGUUUACUUUACCCGUAAUAGAUACACCAAUUCCAAAGAGUAACAAGUCUAAAUUUUAGCGAUCUGGACUUAAGUAUUGGAAAGUGCUUCAAUAACCAAUAUUUACGAGUUCCAAAGGGUAACAACUAUAUAAUAACGUUCUGUAAAGAUGUCACGCAUACAUUUUGUCACAACGCGGUAAUUAUUUUAGUUCCAAAGUGCAACAAUUCGAAUUGUUACCCUGUUUUCUCGUAUGUAACUAAUAAAUUUUGACUUGUUACACUUUGGUGUAUCGAAAUGUAAAUGUAGAGGUUUUUUAUCAAGUUUAAAGAAAUAGAUAUUAGAUUUACCUACUCCCAAUCAGUUUAUUUUACGUUGGACGACCGAUUUAGAACACUAAACUUUGCUGUUCAUCGUCAGUUCUCCGGACAGGUUACUUAAAUGCUAAAAUUACAAAUUUAAACUAUUUGGAUACUAUCAGGUGUACUAUAAAUUAUGCCAAUAUUAUGUAUGCAUCGUUUGAAAGAGUACUUGUAUAAAUUAUUGCCCUUACAUGCCGAUGCAAUGAAUGUAGUUACAUACAGCGUAUUUCAACCAUGCGAUGCAGUAUACAAGGAUAGCCCCAUACAAACUUAAUGAGAAUUUUGCUGACAACGUUGCCACUCUUCACGGCAGCGGUCGUGAAAGGUAGUAUUAGGGAGGUACUUGUAGAGGAUUAGCGCUGUUAGCUAUUGCGGAAUACUAAAGGAGGAUUUAUUUAUGAUAAUUCCCAGAAUAGCAAACCCGCUUGAAAUAUACAACCAUACUGAUUCUAACGUUAGAAACGGAGUGUAGAUGCAUACUAAAACGCUCAAUUAUGCUACGAUGUUGUUUGAGGGUCAUCAGCUUUAUUGCAUAUCGAAAAUUGUGGAAUGUUUAUUGAGGAGGAAGUUAGAAAACAAACAGAAAUAGAGGAAACUAUUAAUAUAAUUAAUAUUUUGUUGAUAAUGGAUUAGCCACAGUUAGUUGAUUGUAACGACAAUUACAUUUUUACUCUUACAAAACUGUCUUUUCUAUUAUCUUUUAGGCACUAAUGUUUAGUUUCAGUUGACUUUAUUUAUUUUUAAUAACUUAGUUCUAAACAAAUGAAAAACACUGAAUUUAUAUCUUUUAUUUUACAAACUUCGAUAUAUAAUUUAGUUAUUAGACUAAAUCUAAUACUUUAUCUACAUAAUUACAAAUUCAAAAGUAGACCGCGCCCGAUACAUAUCAAAGUACACCGACGUAUUCAAAUUCACAACUGACCUACUAAUUCCAAAAACCCCUAUUUAUACAUUAUUACAAUGUUCCAGAAUGAGAAAGAUUAUUACGGAAGAAUUCAUCUUAUUCUAGAAUAACAAGGCUUAUUUACAUAAAUAUCAAAUAAGCAUUUUCUAGAAUGAAAAAGAAAUAUCGAGGUGUGUACCUGUUAAAAAGGUCCCCCUUUUAAAAGCAUUCACAAACAAAUUCAGUACAGGUCUGUUAAAUUAUAAUAAAUAGGCCAGUAGCUGAAAACAGUCCUGUGACAUAAUCAUGUCACAUUACCUAAAAAGAUUUGACGGUUCGAUUUCCGUUCCGUAAGUCGUUUUUAAAAUAGUUAUUAGAGAAAAGAAAUUGUGAUGAAAACAAGUAAUGAAAACAAUUUCCGGAGUGGAAAUGGAAACGUCAAAUAUUUUUAGGAAAAAUGUAAUAAUGACAUUUUGUCAUUUUAAUUGUCAUUACAAUCAACUGUGGUUAAUCCCAUAUAAACAUAAUAUUUACUUAGACAUGCCACAAGAAAACAGUUCCAGAAUCUUAUUAAUAAUAUAUGAUUGUUUGUCGUACUGUAAGUGAUGUUAUAUUUUUUAUCAAUGUUAUUGUUAUUUAUUAUAGAGAUAUGUUUAAAAAAUGUGUGAUAUUUAAGUAUUUAUAGGAACAUUCUGUUCAAUUAAAGUAAUGUAACCAAUAAAUAAAUCGAAGAAUGUCCAAGAAACUUUUUCUGGACUCCAGGUCCGAUUAAAAAAGGGGACAUUCCCGUUUCUACGGGAUGUUUGAUCACCCUAAUUUAUAUAAAUUUCUGAUUUGGUUUUGCCAGUGUCAUUAACUUAGGAAAAAAUUCAUUUUUGAUUAGGAAAUGUUUAUUUUUAUGUCUUAAACUUAUUACGCCUGCGUCUGGUCUUUUAUGUGCGUCAGAUCCUGAUUCGGUCUCGAAUGUUGGGAAUUUGUUGUGUUAAUAUGGUUUAGUUAUUGGAUCUAUAUUAAAUUUAUACAUUUUUACGUAAUAUUUAUAAAUUUUUAACCAAGAAGUGUAAUGAUGUUUAGUUUGGUAUGUUUACGGUUAGUCGGGAUCAUAUUGUUUUGAUUCUUGUUACUCAAUUUGUUUACUCUUGGCUAUAGCUAAAAAAUGAAUUUUUGUCUUAAACUUAUCUAAUAUUUUCAGAUUCAAAGUAAAGUGGUCAUACCUGUGAUGAAUAAAAAAUAAAGAAGUGUUAGUAAAAAUGAAAUAACUUGAGUUUCGUUUGUGUUGGAAGUUUGCAGUUAAACCAGUGGCAUAUGCAUCCGACACAAUGCGAUAAUGAAUAAAAAUAAAGCGAAUGGGAAAACAAAAAAUAAAAUUUACUAUUUUAAUUGGGAAAUAAGCCACAAUUUAAGUUGAGAUCGAAAUACAUUUUGUAUUUCGAUAACGACCUCCGGAGUGGAAGUCGAAACGUCAAUAAAAUCAUUUUUCAACUUAAAUUGCGGCUUAUUUCUAAAUUAGAAUAGUAAAUUACAUAAAUACCACAAAUAAAUAGCUUCAGAACAAUAUUUAAAAAAUAAAACAUAAAUUAUGGUAACUUUCUGUGGAAACUGACUCUAAACUCUCUAAAAGGAGUGGGUAAUCAUUCUGUGAAUGUAAAGCCAAAUUCGUGAGUUGUUGUAUGACUUACAAGAUUCUUACUCUCAAAUUUGUUUCCAAUGCUUAACUCUUUACUCAUAGGCGAAAAAAGUGAAAAUUGACCGUUUUUGACCUUAAUUUGUUAAUAACUAAUUAAGUUCAAACAAUCGACUGCAGAAAACAUAUAGGAUCUUCUUAUAGAGGUCCAUACUACUCAAAACGACUGUCGUUUGCCUGGUUGGGUCAGCAUCACGAUAAAAAUCUUAGUUCCUUGGAGGAAUCAGCUAUUUUACGAGUGCAAUUAAUACUGGUGCAGCCAUUUUCUAAAAAUAAGUAAAUCCAGAAAGUGAGAAAAUUUUAAACUUUAGAGAAGAAUUUAAAACGCCGCAAAAUAUUUAAAAUAAAAGAUUUGUCAAGACUAACAGGCUCAACCAAAUAAAUGAUCACUAUUAACCAAAGUCACAGCGACAUGCAAUACACGGUAUUGGGACCGUGCAAGUUCGGCAAAGCGACCUCUAUUUCUACGCUCUGUACUUUUAUUCGCACUUUUAAUUAUAUUGGCCAAUUAUAUUAGUCCUGGUUGCUGGAUAAUUGUCAAGGCCAUAGUCCAAAAAAAUAAUAAGAAAAAAUAAGAUGCAGGUUAUGUUUAGCAAACGUAAACAAUUGUAUGUAGUAAAUAAAAUUAGUUAUUAAAAUGCAGUACUGCAAGCAAAAUACAAUUAAUUAAAUUUACCUUUAUAUAAUAAUUGCAUAUCGUAUCAAUAUUGUGGAGCAAUAUAUAAUUUUUCUGCGUCAAUGACAGAAGGUAUGAAAUAUACGUCAAUUUGACAAUUUCAAUUGACAAUAUGAAUUAUUUAAGAUAGUUGCAAUAUUUCUCCGCGACUCGCGCACGGUCGUUUCUCGUUUCCCUUCCAAGUACUUGCACACCGCGAAUAUUGGUUUGAGAUAUUCUCAAAUUCUCGGUAUAUUGAAAAAUUAAUAUAAAAAAUUCUAACUGUGCAUCAUAGAUAUGAUGUCUCAAUUCAUUAAACUUUUUUGUUGGAGUAUCACAGAAAAAUAUUGUUAUUAGGUAUUUAAAAGAUCCCGACAUUAUGUCUAAUAUUUCAACAAACAAACCAUUUGUAAGUUUUUUGUAUAUAAUUUGUAUAUUUUUUGUAUUAAAUGUGUACAGUGUUAAAGCUUGAAAAUACAUAUUAAUUGUUGAUGAGAGUAUUGUAUUUAGAAAUACUAUUAGUAAACUAUUUAAAUCACAA